GGUGAUGAUUUAGGCACUAGACCCUCGAACGCCGACUGCGACGUGCGCCUCCGCCUCUGCAGGUGAUGCAUCCGAUACAAGCGUUGAAGACUAGAAUAGGUUAGAUGGAAAGAACAGAAAAAGUCGUGAGAGGGUCACAUACCUGCGGCAAUACCACGGACGAUGGCAGACAGUACUGCGCCGAUACCGUGGAUGAUGGACAUGAAGACACCAGCGAUGGCGUUGACGAUUGUGCUAAGACAAGAAGCGACUGCACCCAUGAUUGUAAGUUGUGGGAAAGUGUUGAUGGACUAUGAAUCUCGGUGUAGGAGCAAGGCGCUUUAUAGGCUAUGAUGUGAAAAUGAAGCUUUUAUUUUGCAUAGCGUCAUAGCGCAUUUGCCUUGCUUUUGCUUGUGACUCAUGCUGGAUGAUCACAAGAGAGCUGACAUGCCCGUGGCGUAGUGGGACAACGACGACGGCGCAGAGAAGGCACCGAGAUGCGCAACAAAGCUUGGCGCCCAAAGGAGCGAAACGCUGUAGAUUGUAGCGACAGUCAGGAGAUACGAGGAAGCAGGCAAGAUAUUGAUGGAGGCUGUUGGCGGCCUAUUGGGCGUUGCAGUCUCGGAUGACGUCGCUACGUCUCAUUACGAGCGGAAGCAAAUGAAAAGAUUAGGAGAGGAAAAGGUAAAAUAGCAGGGCGCAGUGAAGGCU